AUGGAAGUAGCACAACAAUUUAUCAUGUCAGAAGACCUAAGUGACGUCGAAACCGCCGGCCAAGGCUUAGAAUGCCUCGUCUAUAAAGCAACAAGUCCAACCUACGGCUCAGUUGUUCUCAAAGUACCAAGAGUCAAAGUCUACCAAAACGCCAACGACUUCAACGUUGAAGCCAAAGAUCUGAUCCAGCAAGAAAUACAAAUAUAUCGUCUUCUUCAGGAUGGGCCGGUUCCUGUGCCCAAGCCGUACAAGUACCUCGAGCAAGAUGGAUAUCCAGCCAUGUUGUGCGAGUACGUGGACGAUGAUGGAACAGAUAUCACGUUUGAGGAGAUGGGUCGUGUAGCAGCGCUGAUACAUUCUACACCCUUAUCUGAUCCUGUAUUCAAGACUGUCGCUUCAGAGACGUCGGAUGUCUUUUCGACAAUGGAACAAAGAAUGAAACGACGCUUCUCUGUUUUGUCAAAGACGGUGACCGAGGCUCCAAGCUGGAUACAAGACUGGAACUAUAUCAACGCCAUUCUCAACGGUCUUCAACGGUUCCCAUCGAGUCUUUUACACAUGGACUUUCGCGACGUCAACCUUCGUCACAGCCAAGGUCGCAUUAGCGCUGUGAUCGACUGGACCAAUGCGCUGAUCGGCCCAGCAGCCAUCGACAUCUACCGUACCUUGGAGUUCAGUGAGCUCGGAGAGGAUUUCGCCAAAGGAUAUUCUGAGAUGUCAACGUUUCCCGAAGUGUCUGCGCAAGAAGAAUGUUUGCUUAGGCUUGACGCUGCGCUUGUGUUGGCGUUGGUAUUUACAUCUGAAGCGCCAGAUCCUGUGAGGGGUGCAGCUGCGGUGGCGAGAGUAAAGGAGCUGUCGGAAAGUCUUGUAAAGUAA